UAUAGAUCUAUAUACACAUAUAAGAUUUGAGCUAAUUUAAUUUGAAAUAUCCAUUGGAUAUCUUUUAUAAUUUGUUUCUAAAUGAUAUUUAAUAAAAUUGUACAAAGGAUAUUAAUUAUCAGAUGCAUGUGUUACAAAUAUGGAUUAUAUUCAUAUUGACAGUAGCAGAAUAUGUUAAAUGUGGUGAUAAUCCGAAUAACACACAUGGUACUAUAGAAAAUGAUAGUGAUGAAGAAGAUGAUAACUUUGAUGUAACUGAACCAUCUAACGAUGUUAUUCCACAACCUUCUAGUGAAGUAAGUGAAGAAGAAGAAAUUCAAUUACAAUUAUCAGAACCUGAAGAACAACCAUAUCCUUUAGGACCACCACAACCCACACAUCAACCUUUUAUUAUAGAAGAAGAACAAGCAGAACCUCUCGAUUUAUCAACACAACCACAACCAAUACAGCUACAACCAGUACAACCAAUACAGCCACAACAAAUUUAUCCGCAACCAAUACAUCCUGCACAUCCCCCUCAGCCAAUACAGCCACCAUUACCAUUACAACCACAAUUUCCUCAACAAUUACAACCUGGUUUUCCAAUUAGACCAAUAGCACUUUAUCCAAGGCCACCAAUACAACCAAUUCAACCACCACUACCAUUACAACCUGGUCACCCUGCUCGACCAAUACCACGAUAUCCACAAGUUUCUGGAUAUUCACCAUAUCAUCCCUAUGCAAGGCCGCCAUCACCAGUACAACCAAUACCUCCACCGUCAACUCAUUAUGUACCACCGACUCAGCCUCAGCCUCAGCCUCAAGUGCCACAACCACAGUAUCAGUAUUACGGACCGCCAACACAUUAUAUACCUCCAACUCAGCCAGUACAACCAACACCUGCAGAACCAACACAUUAUAUACCUCCAAGACAACCAGCACCUCAAUUUCAACAACCAGUACAAUAUUAUAUACCUCCACCUCAGCCAAUGUCUCGUCCUCCAACAUAUUAUGUACCUCCACCAAUGCAACCAGCACCGGCGGCUCCUAGUCAACCUACUGAUACUCAAGAAAAGGUAACCACAAAAAGAAUAGUUAAAAAGUGUAAGAUAAUUAAUUUUAUGAAGAAGGAUUCUGGAGGUAAAUUGAUUCCAAUGACAAGAAAAGACUACAUAAGAAUAUAUAAGGAUUCAGCAAAAGCAAAAUUUAAACUAUCUGCAAAUCUUGAGAGGGUACUUUGUGACGGUGAGCUGGCUUAUGAACAUACACCUGGAAAGCCUUAUCCUUCAUUAUUAAUUGAAAAUAGGCGAUUGAUGGAAUUUAUCGUUAGAUGUGGCGAUAAAUUAAUUAAAGUUAAGCAUCAUGAUAAUAUAUGGAAAAGAUUUGAAUAUAAUGUUCCACUUUAUUUUGAAGUUUUCACUAAAGAUGGAGAAGGAAACGACGUUAUAAUACCUAAGGAAUUUUUAGAAGUUGAUUUCGGUUACUAUCGAUCUUUUAAAUUUUUAUUUAUAGAAGGUACUAAAUGUCAUAAGAUUAUGGUUGAAAAUAAAUUCUUUUGGGAAAAAGGUGAUGAUGAAGAUUUUCCAGUUGGAUUUGCUAUUACCACUAAAUCCAAAAUUGUAAUAUUUUUCGAAAAAAGAACUGCUGUAUAUACAAAAUUAAAAGAUUGUUAUAAAUUGUUAUACAGCAAACCAAGAAGAAACUCUAAAUAUGAGUAAUAUUACACUUUUAAUAAAAUCAAGUAAUGUAACAUUUAUAAUAUAUUUUAAUAACAAA